GGCGGGGCCGGGAGCAGCGGGAGCUGACCGGUCCAGGGGUUCCGGCUGCAUUUCCAUGAGCGCCGCCGGCCGCCGCGGAGCUGCGGGGCCCUGACCGUGGCCGGCCUGGGACGCGUGCAGCCUGUCCACUGGCGCUUUUGCUCCCACAGGUGACCCUGACUUUCCUGCUGGCACUGAUGCGUCCCCAAGCGAGUACAAAGGUAUUUCCUCCAGCUGGAGAGAGAUGGGACAGCAGCUCUUAGGCUGAUGCGAGUGACCGGCCGCGCUGCGCGUCCUGCUGUCUGACCAACUCCAAGGAGACUUCCUAUUGGCUGGAGCAGGACGAGACAGGUCACCAUGAACGCCGUGCUGGAGGCGCCCGAGCUCCCGGCCGUGUUCGACGGCAUGAAGCUGGCGGCGGUGGCGGCCGUGCUCUACGUCAUCGUCCGCUGCCUGAACCUGAAGAGCCCCACGGCACCGCCCGAGCUCUACUUCCAGGACACAGGCCUCUCGCGCUUCCUGCUCAAGUCCUGCCCUCUGCUGACCAAAGAGUACAUCCCCCCGCUGAUUUGGGGCAAGAGCGGCCACAUCCAGACAGCCCUGUACGGGAAGAUGGGCCGGGUGAGGUCCCCACACCCCUAUGGGCACCGCAAGUUCAUCACCAUGGCAGACGGGGCCACGUCCACCUUCGACCUCUUUGAGCCGCUGGCGGAGCACUGCGUCGGAGACGACAUUACCAUGGUGAUCUGCCCUGGCAUCGCCAACCACAGCGAGAAGCAGUACAUCCGCACCUUCGUGGACUAUGCCCAGAGGAACGGCUACCGCUGCGCUGUGCUCAACCACCUGGGGGCGCUGCCCAACAUCGAGCUGACCUCCCCGCGCAUGUUCACCUACGGCUGCACCUGGGAGUUUGGGGCCAUGGUGAACUACAUCCGCAGGACCUACCCGCAGACGCGGCUGGUGGUGGUGGGCUUCAGCCUUGGGGGCAACAUCGUGUGCAAGUACCUAGGUGAGACGCAGGCCAACCAGGAGGACGUGCUGUGCUGCGUCAGCGUGUGCCAAGGCUACAGCGCUCUGAGGGCCCAGGAGACCUUCAUGCAGUGGGACCAGUGCCGGCGCUUCUACAACUUCCUCAUGGCUGACAACAUGAAGAAGAUAAUCCUGUCCCACAGGCAGGCCCUGUUCGGAGACCACGUGAGGAAACCCCAGAGCCUGGAGGACACGGACCUGAGCCGCCUGUACACGGCCACGUCCCUGAUGCAGAUCGAUGACAACGUGAUGAGGAAAUUCCAUGGCUACUCGUCCCUGAAGGAGUAUUAUGAGGAGGAAAGCUGCAUGAGGUACCUCCACAGGAUCUUUGUGCCUCUCAUGCUGGUGAACGCGGCCGACGACCCCCUGGUUCACGAAAGCCUCCUGAGCAUUCCAAAGUCGCUGUCAGAGAAGCGGGAGAACGUCAUGUUCGUGCUGCCCCUGCACGGCGGCCACCUGGGCUUCUUCGAGGGCUCCGUGCUCUUCCCCGAGCCCCUGACCUGGAUGGACAAGCUGCUGGUGGAGUACGCCGACGCCGUCUGCCAGUGGGAGCGCAGCAAGUCACAGUGCUCCGAUACAGAGCCGGUGGAGGCGGACCUGGAGUGAGGUCGCGGCCCCCGGGAGCGCCCCGCCGGUCUCUGCGCAGGACAGGGUCUUCCUACUGCAUUGGCUUCGGGGACAGGCGAGAGAGCCCCGGUCUUGGCUGCCCUUUUAAACCGAUCACACAAUCACAUCUAGUUUCCCUAUUAAAAAAAAAAAAUCUCGACAGCAGUUUUGCUUUGCCAGUCCUAAGCUCUGCCCGGAGAAGGAGAAGGCCAGGACUCGUGGGCCGUGCCUGCCUAGACCCUGAUGGCCAGAGUCUAGUCCGCCAGCCUCCUGCCCAACUUCCGGAGAAUUCCCUGGAGCCCCAGCCAAGCUUUAGAGGGGCCCCCCACACCCUGCUGUAGAUCAGAAUCACCAAGGCUUUUUAAAAACCCCGCCUCCCUCCAGGGUGGUCCCUGCCCCUCACCUGGAUAGUGGUUCUCCUACCAGGCACACGGGAGAGCCAUCCUGCAAGGCCACCGAAUGGGGGGACCUGGCAUAGCACCAAGACCAGGCUUCUAAGUGUGUCCCACUCUAGGUCUCUGGAAAGGGCUGGGCACUGGUCACCCGUAAGAGGGUUGAGGGUGGGGGCUUGGACAGCUGAGGCCACUGGGGUACAAUGACAAGUUCAGGAUAUUCCUGGGCGUGCUUCCCCCCCCACUGCCAAACACCUGCCCUCCUCCAUUUAUUGGUUCCCCUCACUUCCUAGGAAGAGGUGUCUGCCCCUUUGGUCAAAUCACUCAGUGGCAACUUGACUUCCUGUACCCGAGGUCUGUGUCACACUGGCCUUGGGUAACCAGACAGCUGAGAAGUCCAGCCUCAGGCGACAGCCUUUUCCCACCCAGGGGGUUCCUCCACCGCAGUCUGCUGUGUGGAUCUCUCAGAGCAGUUCUGCAGCCCUGGAGGUGAGCACUGCAGCGUGGCUCCCCGUUGUGCCCGUUCCCAUGCUCGGACUUAAACACCUGCUCUUUGAAGGUCUUAUCGUGCCCUGGGACUGGCGCCGGACACAAGUGCAAUGAAGGGAGACCUGGAAAAGAAUGUGGCCUGUGGGUUCCUUGGCCCCGGGACAGAUGGGAGUAGAAACCAACUGUGGGUCUCUGCAUGUGUGUGUGUGGGGGGACGAGGAGUGCAUGUAGAGGUACACAGGGAGCACCCCCUCCCCACACUGGCUUAGGUGCUGGCCCGGGGUGCAUGACAGAGACGCCUGCCACCUGGACCUGCUCUCUGACAAUCGCUGCGUUGUCUCAAGGCACAGCGUGGCCCCGAAAGACUUGAGGCUCACGGGACUCGGCCAGGCUCAGCCAUCCUUUCUCCAUGCUCUGCUUUGCUGGGGCCGCUGUCUCCCCAUGUUUCCUCACCCUGGUCUCCGAGCACAAAGUGGCACUUUAGCAUCUGCCCUGCAAGGUGGAAGCCAGCUCCUCUCCCUUUUUCUCCCGUGGAGGACCCGGGGACCAUUUUCUUGCCACAGCCUUUACUUCUCAAGCCUCUGUGACCGGACCUGCAGACCGUCAACCCGACCUGGGAGUGGAGACCUGCUGGACACGCCUUCUAGGAUGGAGCCCUAGUGAACACGCUCUUGGGGGUGGAGCCCUGCAGGACACGCCUUCCAGGGCGGAGCCCCACUGAAUACGCCUUCUGGGGGCGGAGCCCUGCUGGACACGCCUUCUGGGGGAUGGGGCUGUUAGACACGCCUCCUGGGGCGGAGCCCUGUUGGACACACCUCCCAAGGGCAGGGCUCUGUCUUCCCUUUUUUUUUUUUUUUGCCUUAGGACACAACUCAAAGGUUCUGACAAAGUGGCCCCAGGUCCCACCCUGGAGGGAGGAGACGGCUCUCUGCUGAUGCCCACAGAGGUGUCAGGGGAGGUUCUGGUACAGUGUGGCGAGCCUGGUCUGCCUCAUUGGGCUAAGGGAGGCUCUGGCCUUUGUUGAUGUGUGGCGGGAGAGGGUGGAGGAAGAGGGGGCGGGCCUGUCUCUUCGAUGACUGAAUGACUAAUCACCUUUCAUCCAAGUCACUUGAGUUCCACUGGAGCCCUUUGUCCAAGUCUCAGGCGCGCUCCCAGGCACGGAAGUGAAGCUGGGACUGCGGCCAGCCCAGACCGGAAAUGCUUGUUGGUCCCUGGACGAAAGCCCGGAGGCCAGCCUUUCCCUGCUUGUCUCCUCCUGGCCAGGCGCCUUCCAGGCCAAAACCGGCCCAUCUGGUUGAAGGAAGACAUCUUCUCAUCUGGGGAAAGGAUAAAGACCCCGAGGAGAAUAAUGUUGCAGGAACAAGACUCUGACGGAGGGGAUGCAGUUGGGGACUACGGCGCUGGCCUUGCACAUUGUGGUCCCUGGCUUCGACCCCUGGAAGAGAGAGAAAGAGAGAAAACAUAAAACUGGUCCCUGGCUGUCCCGUCCCUCUAACCCUCUGAUCAUGAGCAAGUCCAAGACCCUGAUGAAUGCCUGGACUCCUGGAGACGCCCAGAUGUGCAGGCUGGGGCAGGAGGUGCAUGUCGCUGCGUCCCUGAGUCUCCACAGGCCCCUGGCACCUCGCUCGGACCAGCUUCGCAGAGUUCUGGCCCAGAAGCACUUGCCACCUUGUCGCUCACGCACCAUCCGGAACUUUCUCUCUGUCCAGAAAGCCUUAACUUAACUCUAGAUUCUCCCCCAACGGGGCGCUGGAAUAUAUGCUCUGCACUGUGCGUGGACACUUGUCAUGUGGCCUGCUGAUGCCCGGUCAGGUUAGGGCCCCCACUCCCUGCAGCUCGGGACCACUUAGGAAGAUCGUGGGUGUCUCCAGAAGGCUGAGCAUCCGUCCGAGCAGAGGGCAGCCCGCUCUGUUCCUGUUGCGGAGUGGCUCGAUUCUCCUUAACUGUUUGUGGAAUGAAGGGGAAUAGAGGAAAGAAAGGCAUCUUUGGAGAUGAAAAUGGUCGCUGCUGGGGGCUGCUGGCUCUGGAGGCUUGAUGCUGAGGUUUGCUGCUGCCCUCAGAUUCCCAGGGCAUAGAUAGCAGCCCCCUUUGGACAGGCCAGCCGCCCCUCCCCAAACUCCCAUUUCCUCUAAACUGUCUCUCUAGCAUGUCCAUGGUAAAGCUUUCCUGUCUCGCUAACGAGUGUGCUCACGUGUAAUCUCUAACUGGUGGAUCAAGUCUUUGAACUCGAGUCCUGUUGAUAGUAGCAAAAUCCACAACCCCCUUUUGCUCUGCCUUCUGGUUCCCCACUAGCCAAGAAAUUUAUUGCCAUAAGUUUGGGGAUCCCUGUCCCCCUGGAGCAUCUGCAGAAAUACCUUUCACCCCAUGGACUCUCCUUCCAGAAUGUUCCUCUCCGGGGGGUGGGAGAGGAGCCCCCCCUCACCCUGGGAUCUAGAGUAACUGCUAACCCCUGGUCCCACCACUUCUGGCCCAGAAAGGGCCUUUGGGGAGGCAGCUCCUGGGUGGAGGAUCUGGGGGUGCUCUUUGGUUUGCCUCAAACCGAGUCCACAUGAAGAGGAGAGCCCCCUCUCCACCCCUCACUCCAGGUACAGAUGACCUGGGGGUCCCCUGCUGCCUCAGGAAGAUCUCCAACAAACCCCAGCUUUCCCUCUGCUGCUGCCUUAGCAACACCAGGGGAGGGGGACAGUUUGUCCCCCGUCCUUGGUGAGACUCCGGUCCACCACCUUCCUCUUCUCUGAGUAGAUCUGUCCCUACCUCAGGUCUCAGAACCUGACACUUUCACAUUCCUCCUUUGGGCCCCUUUGCUUGGAUUCCCUUUCCUAUAGACUCCCCAAAACGUCAGAUGUCGCCUUGAAAAUUCCUUGCUUUUUUUCAAGUUUGUGUUUCAAAGGCUCCAGGCUGAUGGACUUAGUGGGGAGGGGGGGGUUGCGGGGAGGAGGGGCGGGGGCAGGGGUCCCUCCAGCACUGGUGGAGGGUGGUGUUUAAGAUUUGCAACUAGCAAUGCAAUUUUUUUCUAAAAGUGAGGAUAUAUUCACCUUUGUUAAGAAAUUAUACUAAACAGUGUCCUUGAUCAUUUUUCUUCUCAGUACUUUGGGUCCUAUUUUGAUUCUGUGUGGUGGUAAGCAGACAUCAUUACAAAUGAAAAACUAAUUUUGUUAUCUUUGAGUCUAUGAAAUUUCUUUACUUAAAUAAAGACUGAAAAAUUUGG